AUGAAGUCUUUGCUUGAUGUGGGCUUGUAUGAGUCUAGGUCCUGGGCAAAAUGGGGUGCAGUCAAAUGGGUUCAGAACCACCGUGCCCUCGCAGCAAACACCUAUGACGAGAACGUGAACGAGGGUGAGGACUACAACCAGCACAUCACGUUCGCUGACUUCAAGAAGAUGGUCCGGCCUAGCAUUAAGGGAGACGCAUCUGGUGCAGAUGUGGAUGCAAUCUUCAAGCGCGCAUGCUUCAUCCUCAACACCAAGAAGUUCGUGUACUACCGCCCUUCUGGAGUUAACGAGGAUAAGGUGGCACGCCGCUUUGUGGAAGGCCCUGACUUUCUGACGCAGACAGGAAAGAUGCUGUAUGGCAAGUACAAGGACAACUGCAAGACAUUGCCCGAGAAUUUCGAGGAGGAGGUGCGCAAAGAGCAAGCCUGGCUUGAGCUUGUCUUCAAGCAGAAGCAAGAGAAGCAGGACCCCAAGUACAAGCAGAACCAGCAGCUGAGGCAGCUCUUCCGUGGGCGUGAGGAAAACAAGUCUUGCCUCGAGAAGAUGGAGACGAAGGUCAAGGUCAAGAGAGAGAUCGAGGAAGCCCGGGCAGACGAGGCCUUGAAGAAGGCCAAGGUCUGGAGCACAGAGCUGAAGGCCAGUAGGACUUUCAUUGUGUUGGAUGAUGAGGAUAACACGCAGGCCGACACGGUAGACUAA